AUGGGGCCCCUACCGCGGACAUUGGAGCUCUUCUACGACGUACUGUCCCCCUACUCAUGGCUGGGGUUCGAGGUGUUGUGCCGCUACCAGCACGUGUGGAAUGUGGACCUGCAGCUUCGCCCCACCCUCAUCGCAGGGAUCAUGAAGGACAGCGGAAACAAGCCCCCAGCCCUGCUUCCCCGCAAAGCGCAAUACAUGACGCAGGACCUCAGGAGCCUCGGCCAGCACUUCCAGGUUCCCAUCCAGUUCCCCAAAGACUUCUUCUCUGUGAUCCUUGAAAAAGGAAGCCUUUCUGCCAUGCGGUUCCUCACCGCCGUGCACCUGGAGUGUCCCGAGAUGUUGGAGAAGGUGUCCCGCGAGCUGUGGAUGCGCGUCUGGUCCCGGGUGAGCUGGGUUCCUGCUGACCUUCCCCUGGGCUCCUCUGCUGCCCGCGGACUGCUGGCCACUCACACCUCUCCCUCGUCAGUCACCCCCUUUCUUCUCUUCCAGGAUGAAGACAUCUCGGAGUCCCAAAGCAUCCUUGCUGCCGCAGAGAAGGCCGGGAUGCCAGCAGAACAAGCCCAAAGGUUUCUGGAAAAGAUCUCCUCACCAAAAGUGAAGAACCAGCUCAAAGAAACCACCGAGACCGCCUGCAAAUAUGGGGCUUUUGGGCUCCCUGUCACUGUGGCUCACGUGGACGGCCAGUCCCACAUGCUGUUUGGCUCAGACCGCAUGGAACUGCUGGCACACCUACUAGGAGAGAAGUGGAUGGGCCCCGUGCCACCGGCCCCCAGCGCCAGACUGUAG